AUGCGAUUGAUAAAUUAUGGACAUUUUGAUGUAGAUACUCUAAUUUCACAGAUGGGAAUUAGCCGCUUCGUGCCGACUAACAGUAGAGAUGGAUACCAUAAAGGGGAUGCGAGAUGUGAUCCAGGUAACCAAACAGAUGACUCCGCUGAAUUUGAUGUAAUGAAUGAGGAUUCAGAUGAAGAAGCAUCUGGUUACGGAGAUGUAUUGGGGCUGACGGCAGAGGAUAUUAACCGGAUGGUGUUUCGAACUGAGCAACGAGCCUAUGAAUUUUACCUGCGAUUAGGAAAAUGCCAUGGGUUUGGUGUCCGGAAAGGGGAUUAUUGCAAGGAUGAAAAUGGAAAUUUGAUCCGUAGAAGAUUCUUCUGCAACCGGGCCAGGUUGAGAGAUGAGAAGCACUAUGCAAGAUUUGAUAGGAAGAGAAUGCAUAAACCAGAAACCCGCACAAAUUGUGAGGCAAAGUUAUCAAUAUAUUUGGAUCGAGGUACUAGUAAUUGGAAGGUUAGGAAGGUGAUCCUUGACCACAACCAUGACCUGACCCCGAUAGGUAUGGUUCACUUGAUGCCUCAGUUUCGUGGAUUGUCAGAUGAUGCGAAGGUACACAUGGAAAGCAUGCAUAGCUAUGGACUUCCUACCUCGAAGAUAGUCGGAUACAUGUCUGGAAUUGCAGGAGGUUACUCGCUGCUGGGGUUUACAAAGAAGGAUGCGUAUAACCACUUAGAUAAAAAGAAGCGGGGGAACAUCGCCGAUGGUGACACGAACGCCACUGUCGUGUAUCUACAAGGAAAAGCAGCUGCAGAUCCAAUGUCGACGGCGAGGUAUAACGUCACUAACGACGGUAUGUUGGCUAACUUGUUCUGGGCAGAUGGUGCUAGUAGAGCAGACUUUCAACACUUUGGAGAUGUUGUGGCCUUUGAUUCUACGUAUAGGAAGAACAAGUACAGGAGACCGUUGGUGAUAUUUUCAGGAACUAAUAAUCAUAGGCAGACCACAAUUUUUGGAUUUGGGCUCCUAUUGGACGAAACCACAGCCUCAUACACGUGGAUGCUUGAAAACUUGCUGGAGGUUAUGUGUAACAGGAUGCCGUCAGUGGUCGUCACAGAUGGAGAUGAUGCAAUUAUUGCAGCGGUCCGAAAGGUCUUCCCAGAUACAACGCACCGCCUUUGUGCAUGGCAUCUUCAGAAGAACGUCACAUCAAACGGGAAUGAGCAUAUGUUUAGAGAUUUAUUUUCCAAAUGGCUGUAUUCCGACAUGGGCAUUGAGGAAUUUGAGAAUGAGUGGGCCACUGCUACAGAGGAGUUCCGUUUCAACGAAAAGUGUUGGGCCCUACAGAUGUACAAGAAAAAACACAUGUGGGUCAGUGCAUAUCUGAGGGGAAAGUUUUGUGCUGGAUAUCGAACGACAUCGAGGUGCGAGGGAUUAAACUCUCAUGUCAAGAAGUUCCUGACUUCCAGGCACACAAUUUUGGAGCUUGUGCAUAAUUUGGAGGUGCUUGUACGUGAGUACCGAAAUAAUGAGAUGGUGGCACAAUUUAACUCCGUGAAUAGCAUCCCUGUGAUGACAACAUGUCUUGAUCCAAUUGAGAAGGGGGCUGCUAGGAUGUACACACGAGCAAUUUUCUCUCUGGUGAAAAAGGAGAUUGAUGCUGUCAGAGUGGUGAAUUAUGUAGCGAAGAGGAGAAUUUCAACCACAAUAGUAUACACGACCGAAGAAUAUGGUAAUCCGAGUCGCACUUUCAUCACUCAGUUUGAUAGGAACAUGGGAAAAUUUCUCUGUCACUGCAGAUUUUGGGAACGAGAAGGCUUCCCGUGCCGACACAUGUUCUUUGUCAUGAAGUACGAGCAUGUUCAAGAAAUACCGCAUCGUUUAGUUCUUACACGGUGGUGGAAAGACGCGAAAUCUAUCGAUGCAUAUGUAGAGCGAGGUGAAGCAGACGAUGAGAGGGGAUUCUUAAUGCGGCAUGGCGCUCUUCACGAGGCAUCCCAGUGGCUGUUGUCUCUUAGCGCUAGGAAUCAAGUGGUGUACACAGAGGCCGUAAAGGGAAUUCGGGCCUUGUGUACACGUCUGGUUGAAGCAUUCAGUAGAAAUGAUGCGACGGGACAACACAGGAAAGAAGGGUGCGUGAAGGACCCGGUGGUCGUUAGGACAAAGGGUGCACCAUGA